CAAACUGCUGACACGAGGUGCAUCAUCCACGAGGGCAGAGGGAAUGAUUAAUUUCCCUUUUCUAGGGGGCGUGUUUUCUUUCUUCCUCAGCGAUGAAUCCUGCGUGGAAUAGGCGGAGCGAGUAGGUGCUCAUUAUUAUUAAAGAGACUAACUGUCCAGGGUACUCGGUUCAAUCGGGAGGGCUGCGUGCAGCCAAUGGGAUUUUGUGUGCUGACGAAAUUAGGUCUGAGGCACAUUUAGUGAUAGGCCCUUGUUUUGCUGCACUCUCCGCAAAGUUUUAUUCCCUGAGAAAAAGAGAUAUCAGGCUGUACCUUCUCAGAUCCCUGGCAUUUUGCUGACAGACAUCCCCUGAGCCCUCCCUUCAAAUAUCCUCCCUGGAGGAUGAAUUAAGGGACUAGGAGGCCUAGUCAUCAGCAUGGAGAGAUAUUUGCCAGUUUCGAAGAAGCGCAACUCAUCCUCCUCUUUGGAAAAGAUAACCGGCUCAGCAAAUGGGAAUGGGACUCUUUGCUCAGAGGAAGAUUCCAACCUGGAGGAAAAUGACUUCAGCUGGGGAGACUAUUUGGAAGAGACAGGUACCAGAGCGGUGCCACACGUGUCCUUCAGACAUGUGGAGAUCAGCAUUCGGAGUAACUUCCAGCCAGGAAUGAAGCUGGAGGUGGCCAACAAGAACAAUCCAGACACUUACUGGGUGGCCACAAUCAUCACCACCUGUGGACAGCUGCUGCUCCUGCGUUACUGUGGUUACGGGGAAGACCGAAGGGCUGACUUCUGGUGUGAUGUGAUCAUAGCGGAUCUGCACCCUGUGGGGUGGUGCACGCAGAACAACAAGGUGUUGAGGCCUCCGGAUGCGAUCAAAGAGAAGUACACAGACUGGACAGACUUCCUCAUCCGUGAAUUGACUGGUUCUCGGACAGCCCCUGCAAACCUUCUGGAAGGUCCUCUGCGAGGGAAAGGCCCUAUAGACCUCAUUACAGUUGAUUCCUUAAUAGAGCUGCAGGACUCCCAGAAUCCCUUUCAGUACUGGAUAGUUAGUGUGAUUGAGAAUGUCGGAGGAAGAUUACGCCUUCGCUAUGUGGGACUGGAGCACACCGAAUCCUAUGACCGGUGGUUAUUUUACUUGGAUUACAGACUUCGACCAAUUGGUUGGUGUCAAGAAAAUAAAUACAGAAUGGAUCCACCUUCAGAGCUUUAUUAUCUGAAGUUGCCUUUCGAGUGGAAAUGUGCUCUGGAAAAAGCCCUAGUUCUUGCUGCUGAGUCUCCUCUUCCGAUGGAAGUAUUUAAGGACCAUGCAGACUUGCAAAGCCAUUUCUUUACAGUUGGGAUGCGGCUGGAGACAUUGCAUAUAAGCGAUCCUUUUCAUAUCUACCCUGCAUCAGUGACCAAGGUUUUUAAUAGUAAAUUUUUCCAAGUGGCCAUUGAUGACCUAAGACCUGAAGCUGAUAAACCCACGAUGCUGUGCCAUGCAGAUUCUUUGGGGAUUUUGCCAGUACAGUGGUGCCUUAAAAACGGAGUCAACCUCGCUCCUCCCAAAGGUUACUCAGGCCAGGAUUUUAACUGGGUGGAUUACCACAAGCAGCGUCAGGCAGAAGAAGCACCUCAUUUCUGCUUCAAAAAUGCAUUUUCUCGGGGCUUCUCAAAGAACAUGAAGCUUGAAGCUGUGAACCCUGUGAAUCCAGGAGAGGUGUGCGUGGCCACUGUGGUCAGUGUGAAAGGGCGGUUAUUAUGGCUUCAUUUAGAAGGUCUGGAGACCCCAAUGCCAGAUGUCAUCGUGGACAUGGACUCCAUGGAUAUCUUCCCUGUGGGCUGGUGUGAGGCCAAUUCGUACCCUCUGACCACACCAUAUAAAGCAUCCUCCAAAAGCAAGAGAAAGACUGUCCAUUUCAAGAUGGAAAAACAAUUAUUAUCCCCAGUGCCUAUUGAGAAAAUACCUCAUGAGCUUUGCUUGCUGCCGCCGCAGAUGGACAGUCCAGUAGGAGCCAUCAAUGCUAAGUACUGCUGCCCACAGCUGUUCGUCAACCACCGGUGUUUCUCAGGCCCAUUCCUGAACAAAGGAAGGAUUUCAGAGCUACCUCAGUCAGUGGGGCCUGGCAUGUGUGUGCUGGUGCUUAAAGAGAUUCUUACCCUGAUUACCAAUGCAGCCUACAAGCCCGGGAGGGUACUGAGAGAAUUACAGCUGGUGGAAGAUCCAGAGUGGAAUUCCCAGGAGGAGAUACUCAAGGCAAAAUACGGGGGCAAAACAUACAGGGCCGUGGUCAAGAUCGUGCGAACAGCAGACCAAGUGAUGAAUUUCUGCCGGCAAGUUUGUGCCAAGCUGGAGUGCUGUCCAAAUUUACUGAGCCCUGUGUUGAUCUCUGAAACCUGCCCAGAGAACUGUUCGGUCCACACCAAAACCAGAUACAACAAAAGGGAGAAGGGGUCAUCAUUGUCACCUGCAAGUGAACUAAAAGAUGAUUCUGCAUCCCAUGCCACCAAAUUGCAAAAGGCUAAGAUUCCUCAGACCUAUUAUUAUGGAAAAAGAAGAAGGGUCAUUCAGUCUUCACUUAGAGUCAGCAACAUCGAAACUCCACCAAAAUCAACCAGAAGAAGGAAACGACGGAAAUCAGUCUAUGUACAGAAGAAACGGAAAUCUGCUAUGGGCGUCCCAGCAGCCGUCCCAGCAGCCGUCCCAGCAGCCGUCCCAGCAGGCAUCCCAGCAGGCAUCCCAGAGGUCAUCCCAGUGGGUAUCCCACAGAGCAUCCCAGAGAGCAUCCCAGAGGACAUCCCAGAGAGCAUCCCAGAAAGCAUCCCAGAGAGCAUCCCAGAGGGCAUCCCAAAGGGCUCAGCACAGGAGAAGCCGGAAACUAUGGACACUGCAAGGAAGAAAACUGGGUACCACGGUCCGGCUUACCAGACAGACACCUCAGCAGCACAGGUGCCCUUUGUCCGGCCACGAAGGGCUGUAACCCUGAGGAGAAAUUCCGAGGCUUUGAAGCGACCUCCAGUGGAAAGGGCACGGAGGGUCCGCACAGUGCCAACUACUGCUUCUUCUAAUAACAGAGUCAAGGGUCCACUUGUUAGGAUUGUGAAACCAGAGGAUUCGAGCCAAGCGGAUGAGGAGAGACUGAUACUUGAGAGCAAUCCACUGGAAUGGUCGGUGACGGAUGUGGUCCGAUUCAUUAAGCUGACUGACUGUGCACCUUUGGCCAGGAUCUUCCAGGAGCAGGACAUCGACGGCCAGGCACUCCUCCUGCUGACUCUUCCAACAGUGCAGGAGUGCAUGGAGCUGAAACUGGGACCCGCUAUCAAGUUAUGCCAUCAGAUUGAGAGAGUGAAGGUGGCUUUCUAUGCCCAGUACGCCAGCUAACUCGCCCUUCUUGGCAGAUUUCGCCUGAUUCUGAUAAUGCUGUGUUUGUUGUAAAGGUUUCCAGGACUGAGACCUUAUUUCCUGGGCUUCGUGAAAUGGCACAAUCAUUGGUAAUCUUCAAAAAGCCAGAAGCCCAGGACCUCCUUUUUGCACCAGCCUAUUUGAUAGUCCUAUAUUUUUAAAGCACACGGAAGGAGCACCAGCAGCUCUGAUAGUAUUGUGAAAGUUCUGAGACAGACCUUCCCUGGCUCAGGACCUCUGAGUUUCCCUUUUUCCCCCCACAAUUCAAACCAGGCAGUUUUUUGGAAGCCAGGUUUCCUUACAUUGAGGUAGGUCUAGGUUCUUGGGAAACUAAGAUGAACUUAGUGUAUCUGAGCAAAUUACCUGUCCAUCUUGCCACCGUUUUUUGCCUGACUCAGAUUCCAGCUCUCAUACAGCUCUGUCUGCCACACACGUGCAAGCAAUUGUGAUUUAGAGUCACCUCCUAUCCCAUUUGAUCUCACGUAAGCUCCAUUCUCCCACACAACUCUCUGGGCUCUGUUCAGCUCUGUCUUCUGUCAGAGGUGCCUUUUCACAAGUAUGGCGGCUUACCACGAGAUAGCUACUGGGUAAGCAAAGCCUGGAACAUUUGCGGUAGCAAGCACUCUCUGUAGUCUCCUUUAGAACCAUAGCUUCAAUGUUCUAAAUCACUGUGACUGGUCAGGAGGACGCUGCUUUAGGGAAGUAUCAAAUUCUGUAUUGAAGAAAAGCUUUCAGGGGGCAUGUAUAGGAAGUGACUUGGGGGAAAGCGUUUUUGUUGGUUUUUCGUUUUGUUUUUUGUUUGUGAACUAGCUGUAUCCGCUUAGAAUGGUAACACAGAUGGUCAGUGCAGGCAGAUCCCUCUGAGCCUCUUUUCUGCUAGUGCCUGGCUUGCCACAUGGAAAGCAAGCACAAGGGAGCAGUAUUCCAUAGCAUAAGAUAGCAGAGCAAAUACUGGAUCUGGAUCCAGCUGGUUUCCAUCCAUUGGCUAAUGGCCAACUUCAUGUCCUUGGGUAACUUGCCACCACCCUGGAUCCAAGUUCCCAUGGAGGGGAAAAUUAGGACAUUUAGUAGUGAGGCACUGGUACCUUCUCCCUGCUCCUGUUAUAGAGGAGGCUACGUAGACCAAAAUGAGAAAAAGAAUGUGGCCACAGAAUGUAGCCUACCAGUUUCUGCCUUUCGCUCUCUUGGGGGUUGCUUAUGAAAUUAGACUGAGUCAUUUGUAGACUAGUCAGUGAUUGUAAAGUUUGCCUGAUACUCAGCACACAUCGGUGUUUUCCUAUGAGCAGUUCAGCAUGGGCUUGCAAAGCCAAAGGGGCUGAGGUAUAUUAGAGCAUGGAGGUCACCUCCACAUCUUUUGAAAACCAGGCAAGGAGACCAAAACUUUCGCUCUGUUCACUUGUGCCUCACGUUGGAAGCUUAACUUCCCACCUAUCUGGGCCUUACUGGUUUACUUGUGGUUUUCCAUAGGUUUCCAUAAUUACGUUCAUCUUCUUUCUAGACUAGAAUCACAACCAUCCCAGAGCAUGGUAUGACAAGCUGGGAGAUGCUUGUGUUUUGGCAGCGUUUUAAGGCAUGGUGGUCCCUCAGGCUUAGAAAACGCCUCUUGCCUAUGUUAGUUACCCGUUCUCAACACUGGGCCAUGGCUGCAGAUGGAAUUGGAAAGUAAAUUAUUUGUGGCUGAGCCUCUUUAGUCUUCCCUGAAGCUGGCUUUCUAUGGUCAAGCUAUAAUUCUUUGCUGAAUAGGUAUGCCUAGGAACAACUGGUGGUUAGACUGUGUCCUGUGUGGAACUGUAAGGAUGGAGCUGCCCCUGAUAGGCUCUGUGGAGUUGGCUUGCAUUUGGAUUUCUCUCUUCUAAGCUACAUGUUAAACCUUCCUCUGCCUUCAUCUGCCUUCUCAACCACAUGCUUUUGGCCAUAAAUACUCAAUCUAUCAGUUGGAAAGGGUAUCUAUUUCAAGAUGGGGUAGCAUUUUUCCCAUACUCACUCCUUCUUGAUUCUUCACUGUGGUCUUUUCAAGAUAAGUUACUUCUUUUGCAUCUGAAAUGGGAUGUGGCUAUGGCAUUGCUAGAACAUGGUAUGCUUUUAGAACAAAUGUGGCCUUCUCAUGCCAUUUCCAGUAAUGACACAGAGGAGGACGUGUUGCCUCAGAACAUGGGGAUUUCCUAGAGGUCUGCUGAGCCCACAGAAAGAGCCAGAAAAGCAUUAACAGAAAAGCCUGUCAGGACAUGUCCAGCAUUGGUCAGAAACUCUUCUUCCUGUGAAACCAAAUGUCCCAGCCUCUCCUCAUGCCUCAGCCUUGCAGUGUAGCAUAGAUCUCUCUCUCUCUGCAGAAUGUUGGUUCCUCCAGCCUAACCUUUGGCUUUGGCAAGGAAGAGAUGACAAUCUUGCAACAAGAGUGCCCAACCAGGGACCACUGUCAUAGUGGUUGUCAGUGUGCAAGUCAGCGCCCCCCCCCCCAGUAGUCUUGAGUAUUUUGAUGACCAAAGAGGAUGAUUUUCCUCAGAGAGAAUUGCCAGCGUCCUCCAGAGCUGUGAACCAGGAUGGCAUGCUCACGUGCGGAAUGCAAUUUUGCCACCGGAUUGUAAUGUGGGUUUUGUUUCUCUCUAGACUUGCCUCUCACUUCCUUUUGUCUGAAACACAGAGUUGAUUUCCAAGAAUGAGUGGGAAGAAAAGAAAUGGAUUUUUAUACACAUACACCAAAAAUAUUUUAAUGAUUCACUUGCCAAAUUACUUCCUGGAUGGUAUCAUUUCCUUAUCUCUCUGAUUAUCUUCUGGGACCAACGUCCUUUCCUCCACGUACCUAUACCUUGGGUGCAUCACUCCAUUCAUGGCCUCCUGUUACCAACUGCGCAGACAUCACACAAUCUGUGCCAUGUGAUUGAGAAAUGGAAAUGCCACCUCAACUUAAAUAAUCACAGUUGGUCAUUUAUGCCCACCUUAAAAUGUAGGGAGUCUGUUUCAGCCCCAUUUCCGGAGUAUAUUUGUACCAUGUUGUAACAAAAUGAUCCUGGCCACAAAAUAAAACAUACACUGAUCAAAGCCGGCUAUACUGGCAUUGCAUAUCUUUGCUAUUCAACAAUGGUGUCCUUCACCACAGUUUCUAAUCUAGAGCACGGAGAACUGGUCUGUCACUUUUAAAAUUAGAUGCCUUUGAUCAGAGUUUGACUCACAGACAGCAUUUGAGCUCUACAGCUAUUUGAGUCCCUAGACCUUAUUUGAUCAUAUUCAAAAGAUCAUUUCCCAUGCUUGCUUUGAUUUGGUCCUCAAUAAAUUAAAAUGAUCCACACUUUCACACUGCCACUUCUGACCUUCACUGCCAUCUUCAGAUGGUUCCUUUUGAUCAGCACCUUGAAGAUGGGUCCCUCCUAAUCUAUGUCAUAGAAUUUUGAGUGCUCUAUGAUUGUCUUUGUCUUCUAUCUUCCACCAAAUACCACUUCCUGAGAUUCAUCUCUGAGUUUUGGAAACGCUCAGGCUUUUCAUACUUAUUUCAUAUAACACCCAUUUCUAUUCAUUUCUGUAUAAAGAACAGUACAGGACAGUAUCGGGAUCUUUGUUGUGGUUUGACUUUGCUGUUUUGGGUUAAGAUAUUGAGUCUAGGCUCCAAUUACUCUUUAGAGAGCUGUGAUUGAGUGUGCAAUUAUUUGGAAGGAGAAAAUGUAAGUUAAGAUAGCUGUAGUGUUUAUGCCAGAAGUCUCUGGGGACAUCUACUGCUUGUGUCUCUUUGGUGCAAUAAUUAAAUAGGAAGGAGGAGCUGAACUGGCAACCCUACAGCCUAAUGAUUCUUCUACUUGCUCGCUAUAGCUUUCUGUUGGCAAAUUUUCUGAAAAGCACUCUCUUUAAUCAGAUUAACCUCUUAAACUGCUUAAUUCUCAUCGCUUCUUAAAACUAGGGUGGUUUGCAGGUAUCCAAAAAUAUGCUAUGACACAACAAAAUUGUGGUAUUCAUGACCCAUUUAAUUUGCUGAAAAAUCGUAACUGCUGUCCUGCCUGCUCUCCUUGGGUUUCGGUUUUAAAAGCCUUUGUGGUUGAAAUGAAUAACGAUUCGGUUUUCUGAACUAUACACAUCCUUGUUCAGUUUUCUUUUGAUGACUAAGACUCAGUAUUAGGGAGCUGUAGGCCUUGUCACAGAACCGAGGUAGAGCAGUGCUUUGAGUAGGACAACAAGGAACAUUAAAGAAGGAAAGUUCUAGAACAAUCUUUUGCUAAAAAAAAAAAA